AGCAGCAGCAGCAGCAGCAGCAGACCCAGACCCAGACCCAGACCGAAACCUAGACCCAGGCUCUGAUCAGACCCUGAGCAGACCAUAUUGACCGCGCUGGGCAUUCUGGGAGUACACAAUAGUUUCAAGAUGGCGGCGAGCAGGAGGCUGAUCAAGGAACUCGAUGAGAUUCGCAAAGCUGGACUAAAAAACUUCAGAAACAUCCAAGUGGAAGAAUCAAACCUAUUGUCAUGGCAAGGACUCAUCGUUCCUGACAACCCUCCCUAUGACAAAGGUGCUUUCCGGAUUGAAAUCAUCUUCCCCACCGAGUACCCAUUCAAACCCCCCAAGAUCACAUUCAAAACCCGCAUCUACCACCCUAACAUCGAUGAGAAGGGCCAGGUGUGCCUGCCUGUCAUCAGCGCAGAGAACUGGAAACCGGCCACCAGAACUGACCAAGUAAUCCAGGCACUAAUCGCCCUGGUGAACGACCCGCAGCCAGAACACCCUCUCCGGGCAGACCUCGCAGAAGAAUACUCAAAGGACCGUAAAAAAUUUCUGAAGAAUGCAGAAGAGCAUACAAAGAAAUAUGGAGAGAAGCGACCAAUGGACUGAUGCUCUUGAUUCCCUGUCUGUUUCUCCCUCUCCUCCAUCUUUCACGCCCGACCAAAAAAUUACAAACCUCCCUACGCUCCUUCACUCUGCCCCUAAAUCGACAAACCCGCCCCCAGUCCAACGGCCCGAUACUCUCUGGACCAGAUACACUCUGCUUUUCUCCUUCCUUUGGCCAUUCUGAAUUAACUUUUUUUCUUUUCUUUAAAUCAAAAAAAAAAAAUGUAAGCAGUGUUCAGAUGAGAAAUUUGUAAUUUUCUGUUGUAAUUUCCUCCAUAUAUAUAUAUAUAAGAGUUCUGUUGAAUAGCUCUGAUGUAAACUUAUUUUGAGCUGAUAAAACAGGUUGUUUACCCGAGCUUGUUUUGGCCAUUUGUUCAGAAAGUUGGCUAAAAGUUGAAGGGGCCGUAGAUGGAGCCUUGAGGAACUCCGGAGUAGAUUUGCACUGAAUUUGUCACGUAUACAUAAUUUUUUUUAAAAACGAAAACAAGCAAAGAGUCAAGCUCUGCCUUGACAUUAGUCACCGCCACUGAGCACAAAAGCGAUGUAACUCGUUGAGCGAAAAGUGAAGGAUGGGUUACUUUUAUUUUCCACGAGCAUCAGAAAGAAACAGCAAUAGUCACAUAUUUUAGUUCCUCAUUUGAAGUUCCAUGAUUCUGUAUUCCAGUUUAAGUUUUUAGACACUUGGUAUAUCAUUUUAACACAACUGUCCAUGCAUGUCAACGGCCUCACCAAUGCCCCCCCAGUCAUACUUAAGUCAUUCUAGACACAGCCCUUUACCGCAUCCACGCAGCCGAAGGGACCAAAGUGGCUGGGGUGGGGGGGUCCGGGCCUCUGGGAGGGGGCUCGCUGUCCAGGGAUGUGCCAGGACAUGGAAAAGACCACUAUGUAACAGCUCUGAUCUGGUCCCAGUCUUGUUUCAUAAUAAAGAUGGCUAAGCAUUGGCCUCACUGUCGCCAGGCAGUCUGCUGGA